AUGGCCGUGACGAUCUUCUCGUGCUUGAUAUAUGCUUGCCUGGGGCUGUACGACAAGUAUGGCAACGACAUUAUUGAACGCUCAUCAUCAACCAUCAUGCAUUGCCUGCGUCCGACAUUUUUGACCAUUUACCGCCAUGCAUCGUCUGCGGGCGACAUAAUCAUCGGCGCUGUGGGUGCUUCCAACAACACCUGCAUACGAGAACGGUACUUUGGCGUCCAUCUACGGUAUUGUACAGUUUCGGCCUUGACACACAUCUCUAUUACACCAUUCUUUCUCGAAUCUCAUCCUUCAUGCACUUCACAAGCACCUUUCUCAGCCUCCUGGAUAGUCCCGGUCCAUCUCCGGUCUCCAAAGCAAACACAACCUACCCGCUAUGCCGCCGGCCUCCUCUUCUCCUCCCGCCUCCGAAGAAGACUAUCUUCAGCACGAAAACCGCCACUGAACGCAUCGUGUGCUCUCCUGACGCUCUUCGUACCAUCUAUCGCUUCUGCCCCCAACACCAAACGCACUGGCCUCUCUCCUCGACUAACUCAAGGCUCCCAAGGUCCCAGUCAAGCAUACGAGAACGCCGCUACUCGCACCCUCUCGGCUCUUCAUUCACGUGUCUCUGACUACAAGGGCAUGGUUGCUCUUCGUGAAAGACGCUCCGGCAAUGAAUGGCGCUGGCUCAGGAAUCCGAACUGGGAUGGCGAAAUCUCUAUCCCAGAAGAUGUGACUCCUUGGGAGCGUAACAUGCGUCCCAUGCGUGCCAAAUAUCGUCAUCUCGGGACGACUUUGCUGGUACGCCAACACGAUGACCAUGAUGCGAGGCGUCUCAAGUGCAAGAUCCAAGGCAUAGCGGCUGCAUCUGCUUCCAGCUUUGGAAAAGCAAGGCAAGCCAUGGAGAAGAAACUCCAGCAGGAUCUCACUACACAGUCCGACGCUCUAGAACUUCGGGCUCACGAAUUCGAAGCUCAAUCCAAAGCCGUCGAAGUUCGGGCAGCUCAGAUCGAGAAAGAUCUCUCGGAUCAUAAAGCUCUGGAAUCCCAAGUGUCGAAGCGCCUCACCUUCCUCGUAGCCGAAUUUGCAACAUCGCGGAGAUGCUUUCAAAGGGCAGUUCAGAACUGGUUUCUCGAACUGACAAAGCUGAAGGUUCUGGAUCUGGCAAUCCAAUUGGACAUGGAGAUGAAGAAGCACCUAAAUGGUCUGGUGGGUGGUGGUAGUCGCCGCAGCAGCCGUCGUGGUAAGAAUCGCGAAAAGGGUGGUAGCUACAGUGGUGACAGAGGCGCGCCUGAGGAUUGCAGUAGCCUCAGUGGCAAAGGCAUGAGGUAUCAUAGUCUCGGAGGUGGGAUUGGGAAUGGCAGCAAGGACAAGACGAGGAUGGUGGAGGAGGAAGGAGAGAUGGGUUGUGGAGUAGGCCUGGACGAGGAUGAUCUGGAUGCAGCUUUGGGAUUCGAGAACGCUCGCGGAGUUGGAAGAAUCGACGAAAUGGAGAGAAAGAAAUGCUGCUAUCCAUGGUUCAGCGUAGCUAAAUAG